AUGGCUGUCCCUGUCCAAAAGCCUCAAAUAGAGUCAGCGGAAGCCUCCACCCCUAUCGCUUGUGCCGAGAACAUCGCUUUGUUCCACUUCUUGCACGCCGUUCGGGGAAAGAAUGGAGCGAUUUCCAAGGACUCUGUCCCUGUUCGUCCGUCAGUCGACCCUAUUGAAGGCGUGUCGAUCUGCCGCAACGAGUACUCUCUCUCCUUCGAGAGAGAGCGCAGCUUGGCCAGCGCGCUUGCAUUCUUAUCCAGAAUUAGGGAUGACCCCGAACACAUCCCUGCAAUUUGCAUUGAGGAAGACCACUGCCCAGGGGCAGAGGCCUCGCUGCGCAUAUUGCUGGCCGUGAAUAGAGCCACCUGCAAGGAUGGUGAUGGAAUGCUGCAGGAGAUUAAAAAGGGAUUUGAGGGUCUCUUUGCAGUGCUUUCUCAGUCGGCGGACAGCAACGAUAAUCAAUCAGACUUUGAGAACGAAGUCCGGCGCUUGAUCGUGUCCAUGUGCUCAAAGACAAUCCUCAGUCGUUUGCGCUUUACAACGCGCAAGGGAAAGACGCCAAAACAGCCAGCCAAGGCGGCUUUGCAGAACGUCAUCCGUGCUCUCGGAAGACGCGGCAACAUGAAGCUGUCCAAGCUUACUACCAUGUCUGUUGAGGAAACGGCUUUAUUUAUUGAGAGGGCGAAGGAUAUUAUCAGGCUCAUUGAUUACUGGACGAACCACCCGAGAAUUGAGAACCUUGAGGACCUAGUUGAUGGAUUUUUUCGCCUGCGACAGGUAGACUGCCAGGCCGUGCUCGACACCAUUGCAAGCGACAAAAUGGAAACGAACGCUAGGAAAAGCGUCCUGAAUAUGAUACAGAAAGUUGCAAGGUACCAAGAAGCUGCUCGGUUCCUAGUACGCACCUCUAGGAAAGUUCCCAUUGCUCGACGUAUGCACAUCGUGCCCAUUAGCCUUCCGGAAAAUGUGUUUGUCAGGACGGUUUUGAAUUCUAAUUACAAACUUGGCCUGGCUGAACUACUCUCGCGGAUCAGGCGGUCCAAGGACACAAACCAGAUUAUUGAGCAAGCAUCUCGGGCCGACAUACUCUGCCGCCUGCUCAAGACGAAUCCGAACAAAGCAGAAGACGAACUUACGGCGCAGACCUCUAGAACACUCAAGACCGGCAAAAUACACGCCGAAGUCCAGCUCGUAUUUUACUGUGAGCUGCUCGAUAGAACCCAAGGGCUUAACAAGCUGCUGCUGCCACCAAGGGUGGUUUGCUCGAGCAAAAAGGCGUGCUUCCUAUGUAACAUGUUCAUAAUCAUGCACGGCAAGAUACGCACACCAUGGUCUCACGGCAAGCUAUAUCCGGGGUGGCGGCUGCCGAAGUGCUCAGAGCUGGAUCUCCAAUCACGAUUCAAUCAAAUUCUCGAAGUUCGGAUCAGGGAGAGCAUUGCGAUGCUGCUUGUGAGACGGGAGAAGACAUGUUAUCCUGGCCCGAGUGAGAGCACACUCGUCACCCUGCCUUCAUUGGCGUUGCAAUCAGAGAUCAUGGUGAAUCCAAACUGUGAGCGAGAGACAUUAUGGGAUGUGACACAGACGCAAGCCAUGGAAGAUGUCAACGAAAACGAAAACGAGGAGGUGAUGGAAGACAAUGGAGCACUGUUAAUGAGUUCCAAGCCUCUGCCAGCUGCGGUGAACCGGAGUCGCAUCACCGCAAAGCUACCUGAUGAUAUCAUUCAACACGUCAAAGGGGGCAUUACGCUCACGCCAUCGAUUGACAAGGAUAGCGAGGUGAAAGAGCUGCAGCAGGCACCUAAUUUGGCUCCAGAAGACGAAGGCUCGACGCCGAAUACUGGCUCGAUUCAAGGGCUAUCGGAUCUCCCUUUCCGAUCUGAAAUGAUGGCAAAGCGAGGCAGUCGAUUUACCAAUGGCGUAUUACGGGAUAAGCCGUCAUUUGACGAGCUUGUCAAGGAAGCAGAACCCGCCCAGUCCACCGCAUCAUCAAAAGACGAUAUCAAUCGCUCCAACAAGGACUACAACAUAGCACGGGGCCAGAAUCUUUGCAAUAUUUCUAAGGAUAAUAUCAAGUCUCCUGAUAUGCGGGAGCCAUCUCCGCAUUCCCUGAUAAACUGCAAUGGAAGUGUCGAUUCUCUCGAUGAAGACAAUGAUUUAAUACAAGGUCAGAAGCUCUCGUACACCAUCCGCGCCGAGCACAGAUCACCCUUCUACAUCGCUGGGCCUUUAAAGGUUCAAGUCGAAUACUCGACUGGAUCUAGUCUGAAACCCACGGCAGCAAAUCAGGUCCGUGAGCUUGCCUUCAGCAUAGAACGGCUCACCAUAGGCGAGGUUGCGAGAUUGAAGGCCCACGGCGGCGUCCCCAUCUGCGACGCAGAGGCAAUGAUAGGCGAGGUCUCGCCAGCUUUGAAUAGCCUGGGCCAUCUCUAUAUCGCUGCGGGCAAAGUUCCCCCGAUGACAUUGACCAGCGCUAUUGACGUGAUAAGACUUGAAAAAUCGGCACAGAUCCUGUGUCCGGGACGCUUCGGGCUUGGGUUCAACAGUAUCGCCCUCGCUCCGAGAUCUCAGUAUCCAGUCUGGUUGUUAGGGUGCCCGAUUCGGAGGGCCCGGGAUCUUGAAGGCCCGGGCCGAGCAGAAGCCAUGCUGUGUGUUGGCUGGGGUCCGGAUGGGGAGGAGAGGACGACUGAUAUUGAUACCGUGCGCUGCUUCCGCUGUGGUUGCGAUUCUCUCUCCGACAUCGAUCAACCGAGCAAGACAGUAAAGAAAUUGGUUCGAAGGAACCAUCUCACAUCUACGAUAAUACAAACGAGUCCGUACUGGCCCGUUCUCGUGUUCGGAGACGGAGAGAUGGAUCUGAUGAGGACCAACCAGUUGGUCACAGAUCUACAGAAACUGGCGGCCACCAUGCUUCUCCACUCCGUCCUUCGACCCCUAGACACAGAGGCAGGCGUGGUCUAUGGAUCUUACACAGUAUACUGUGGCUUGGUCACAGCUUUUGACCUUCAGGAGAAGCAGGCCAGAAUCGAGGGUCUCAACAGCAUACACAGGCAUGCCAGUGACAGAGUAGAGCAUGUUGUCAUUUCAGUUGUCAGAUUUGACCUCGUCUGUGCGGAUACGCAGUAUAUUUCGGCAAUCAAUGGAACCUCUUCCCCUUUCACGAGAAGUCCAUGGCCUUCCAAGUCCUCGCCUACUUUCCACGGUCGCCGUGGAGACCUUACCCGCUCGUUUCAGCGUCGGAGAGGACGAGGCAGCUCUCCGCCCUCGCACAGCGAUUGCUCCGGCGACGGCGAUGGAGAAUAUGGGAACGCCGCCGGCCAGUAUCGGCUGCAGGCCGUUCCCGGGCUCUCGCUGGAAUACUAA